AGGUUUCCACACCAGGAUUGUCAACAAGGGCAAGUUGUUACCAAUGGAAAUAACAUUUGUUUUCUGGGGGUCAUGCUGACUAGAAGCCAAAAAGAAGAGAAUCCAACUUCAUUCAGGAGGAUAUAGUUAAAGGGGUUUAGGUGUUCACUUUGACUUGCAAAGAUGAUGGAAGGAAGACAUGUCUACCCUGGAAUCAUUCAGCUCAAGUGUGCAGUUGCAUUUCCUCUCAGUGCCAGAACCAGGAAGGUCUCAUGGAUUAAUGGAAUCUUUCUGUAGGAAUCUAACAGAGAAUUUAGCCUGCUGGUAUGUCAAGACAAUGCAUAGGUUGAAAACCAUUUUGAAAAUGAAAACAGCAUUCUUGCCAUGUGACAUUGUGAGGAGGCAAAAGGCAGCUUGAGAAUUUCCUUUAGAGCACAUUGCAACUUGAAGGAAGCUUCUUUUUCUCUGAAAAACAGAAUUUCAGAGCAUAGAGAGACUCCACUGAAUGUUGAACAAUGAGUAUCCCAGAUGCUUCCAAAAAAUGUUAUACUCAGUUUCAGGACAAAAGAAAUGGAGCAAAAAAUGAUAACGAGAACCUCCUAAGUCUGGGGGACACAAAUGCCAAUCAGAUCAUGCUUGAUGGCUCUUCUCAUGUUAAAUCUGAUGCAAACAACCUAACUGAUGAGACUGGAAAUGCAAACUCAAUUGAGCCUCAUAGCAGAACUCUCUUUAACAAGGAAUUUCCCCAACAUCAGUGCUUUGGAAAAGGACCUUUUGCUGGGCCCACUGGCCUGAAGGAUUCUACAUUUGCACCAACUUGUCAAGAACACAAUGAAAAGCACAUGGUAGAGAGAAGCACAGACAUUCUGCAAACAUCUCAGAGUAGUCAGGCACUGAGUCUGUCAAGCUGGAGGAAUCUUAUGGAGGGAGAUAGUUCAGAAGUUUUAACCAAGUGUAAUGCUGACAUUCCCCAGCAUCUUCCCAAAGACAAAUUGGCCAAGACCCUUGACAAUGAAGAACUAAGAAGACGUUCUUUGGAAAGAUCAAGCUGCUCUGCUAUUGUUGGGGACACGCUUCUGAGCGAGUAUGUUGGGAACCUGGGCCACCAGCUUCUACCUCCUCCACCGUUAGAGUCCCUUCAAGCUCUGCAUCCUGUGCCCAGUGAAGGGGACGAACUUCAGAAGAUAUGGCCAGCUUUUUCUCUAGAGACAGACUUGCAUCCAGCUGACAGUAACUCCGAGGGAAAGAGUGUAUGUAAACCUAAAGCACCUACCUCAGAAACCAAGGAUACUGGCACAUUAGAGGCACAGAAAGAGGGGGCAUGUGUCUCAAAGGUUGGCAAUGAAAGCACACUGGGUUCUGCCUAUCCAGAGCCAGAUCUGAAUUCAGUUUGGGUCUUGAAGGAAAGCCCAAGUCAACCAGAAGCACAAAUAGGGCUGGGAAAGGCAGAGUCCAUGUUGGAGAGGAAAUGGGUCCCAUCAAGAGUCAUGAAGGGAUUGAGGCCGGCCCAGGUGGAAUGUCUUGAGGAGGAGGAUAUGUUGCUUCAUGAGAGAAAGAUGCCAAAUGGAGCAGCACACCAAGAAGCCACAGCCAGGGGAAUGCAAAGUGCUCCUGCACAUACUGUGCUACCCCAUCUAGGCACAGGAAAAGGAAGAAAUGAAUCGGGAAAGAGAGUGGCUCAAGGCACCAGUGAAGAAGAGACUCUUCAAACCAGUCCCAAACAGAAUGCUGCUUUCUUGGUUGCUGCUGCUGAUCAGCCCCUAAGCAUUAUUACACAAAGCACAGCUAAAAAGUGGAGUGAAAUAGAAUCCAGCAGCAUUACUACAAGUAAUGGUGGUGUAACUUCUCUUUCUACUAACUCAGCAGAUGGAACAUGUCUGGAUGUUGAAGAAGGAGGGAGUGAGAAUAUGGCUCCCAUUUCAGAUCCUCCUGUUGGAACCUGCAAAACUGGAGUUUCAGAACCCCAUGACUGUCUAAGUAACAUCAUAGAAGCAGAGGAAAACAAAGAUAUGGUUUCAUCAGCCUCUCAACAUCAAAACUUUCUAGAAACUCCAGCUAAGACUGAAAGGACCCCAGAAAGGGCAAAUCCUAUUCUUGUUGUCCCAGGACCCCUCCACACAGAGAUAACUGUGAAUGUAACCCCUCAGCCUGCACUUGCCAGCUGCAGUUCUCAGAACUUUGGUAUGUUGGGUGUGGACAUGGGAUCACCUGUGGUUGCUACAUUUCCCACAGACUCUACACAGCUGUUGACCACAUCCAUGAAAGUGCCUGAGCAGAAUGCCCACCAUGGUGAGCUCCCCAAACCUGUCUCCACACAUCCUGAAGGCACGUCUUCCUUCUCUGAGGGAAUGGAAAACCAUCAAGCUGAAAGGACAGAUCCAAAACCUAUCAUUAUGCCUAAGCCCAAGUAUGUGAGACCCAAGAUCAUCACUUAUAUUAGGAGGAAUCCACAGACCGUAGGCCAGUCAGACACUUCUGUGGGCAUCGUGCCAGUGGGUCUUCCUUAUGACUCAGCUACAUGUAGCAUGCCUUUCCCCAAGGAGGAGAAGCCUGCAGGAGAUGACCUGAAGACAUCUGCCAACCUCUGUGAGAAAUUAAAGCCAGAGUUGCAGAAGCCAAGGGUAUUUGGUUCUGGAUUGAUGGUAUCUGGUAUCAAACCCCCAGGACACCAUCUCAGUCAAAUAAGUGAAAAGUUCUUACAGGAGGUUACAGAACGCCCAGGAAAAGAUGAAUAUUGCUCUCCUUCCUAUACUCGUUAUGAAGUUCCUCCAACUUUUUACCGAUCAGCCAUGCUCCUUAAGCCUCAGCUGGGAUUGGGUGCCAUGUCUCGUUUACCAUCUGCAAAGAGCAGAAUUCUAAUCUCAAGUCAAAGAUCUUCGACUAGUGCCAUCCACCCACCAAGACCCAUCACAUCUGCAGCAAGUCUCUACAAUUCUGAUUCGACAGCAGAUUUAAAGAAGUCUUCCUGUUCAAAUGCUGUAAAAGCUAAUCUACCAAAAUCAGGACUUCGUCCUCCUGGAUACUCGAGGCUUCCUACUGCAAAAUUGGCAGCAUUUGGGUUUGUCAGGAGCUCCAGUGUGUCAUCUGUGUCCAGCACUCAGUCUACAGACAGCAUGCAGCCUGAACAAGGCAGGAUCAACCGUUCAACCUUUGGAAAUGAAGACCAGCCUUCGCUGAAGGCAUCUCUACCUUCCAAAGAUACACCCAAGGGAGGUAGUAGAUUGACUCCUCAAGCAUCCUCCAAUUUAACAGCACCAUGCAGAAGUUUGCUGCCAGCUCCAAAAUCCAUGUCCACAUCUGCUGGAACCAAGAAAGAAGUCCAGAAGGAUCAAGAUACUAAUAAAGCUGCCACUUCUUCUCCUAAAAGAAUAAUGACUGCAUCGACCAAGCUCCAGUCACCAGGCUACCCCAAGCAGAGAACCACAGCUCCCCGGAAUGGGUUUUCCCCCAAACCAGAUCUACAGGCACGUGAAGCAGAGCGGCAGCUGGUCCAGAGGCUGAAGGAGCGCUGUGAGCAGCAGGCUCGGCAGCUGAGUCUGGUCAAAGGGGAGUUAAAGAAGACCAUUCGUGGCUUCGAGGCAUUCGCUGUAUCCACUCAGCACUUCUUUGGAAAGAGUGAAAGUGCUGUCGCAAAAGGAAAAGAGCUGUCAAUUGAACUUGCAAGCAUCAGGGAUGAAGUUGCCUUCAGUUCUGCCAAGUGCGAGAAACUACAAAAGGAGAAGGAGGAGCUGGAGCUGCGGUUCGAGGAGGAGGUGAGACGGCUGGGCUGGCAACAGCAGGCGGAGCUGCAAGAGCUGGAGGAGCGGCUGCAGCUGCAGUUCCAGGCAGAGCUGGCACGCCUGGGCGAGGAGCAUGGGGCCCAGCUGCUGCGGAUCCGGGGCCAGCACCAGCGGCAGGUGGAAGACAUCACUGGUAGCCACGAGGCUGCUCUUCUAGAGAUGGAAAAUAACCACACAGUCACCAUCACCAUCCUGCAGGAUGAUCAUGACCACAAAGUCCAAGAACUGAUGUCUGCCCAUGAGCUUGAAAAGAAAGAACUGGAGGAAAGUUUUGAAAAGCUGCGGUUGUCAUUGCAGGACCAGGUGGACACGCUGACCUUCCAGAGCGAAUGUUUGCGGGACCGAGCAAGGCGCUUUGAAGAGGCUCUGAGGAAGAACACUGAAGAGCAGCUGGAGAUUGCAUUGGCACCCUACCAGCACUUGGAAGAAGACAUGAAGAGUCUGAAGCAGGUAUUAGAGAUGAAGAAUCAGCAAAUACACCAGCAGGAAAAGAGGAUUAUUGAGCUGGAAAAGCUGGCUGAGAAGAACAUUAUCCUGGAGGAAAAGAUCCAAGUGCUGCAGCAGCAGAAUGAAGAUCUCAAGGCAAGGAUUGACCAGAACACUGUUGUCACCAGACAACUUUCUGAGGAAAAUGCUAAUCUCCAGGAAUAUGUGGAAAAAGAAACCCAGGAAAAGAAGAGACUGAGCCGGACCAACGAAGAGCUGCUUUGGAAGCUCCAAACUGGAGACCCAACCAGUCCCAUUAAACUCUCUCCCACGUCUCCAGUUUACCGGGGCUCCUCCUCAGGGCCCUCGUCUCCAGCCAGAGUCAGCACGACGCCCAGAUGACGACGCCACUGCUAGCCUAAAGGAGUUGCGGCUCCUCCAGCUCCAGCCGGCCCUGCAGUCGUUGUCAGUCUCCAGGAGACAGACUGGGGCAGGCCGGGCCCGCGCGCAUGCUCAGUAGCUGCAGAGCCACCUCCCGGGCGGAGUCCUUCCUGGUCCCUGUCCUAGACUGUUCUGAUGUUGGUUGGCACUUAGGAGAGUAACAGUAGUGUCUGGAGUGCAAACGCUUGGCUGUAGAUAGUCAAAAGCAAAAGCAAAAACAAAAAACCGAAACCCCACUUGUUCUUGAGCAAUGAACUUUCACUGCAGAAUUUCAGGUUAGUUACAAAGAGCUCAGUUUUAAGUCUACAUUGAAUAAUUUAUUGUGUACUGCACCGCUGUGUGUGUAUCAUUGGAUAGACGCACGCGGCCGAUCGGAAUUGCAUUUUUUUAUACCAUGAGGUGCUGACAUUAUUUUGGUAAAGGUCAGCAUUUUUUUCUAACUUGUGCCUACGAAUUAUUGGGAAAUGAAAAUGCACUUCUAUCUAGCUUCCCAGGAAUAUUUCUACCCAAAAUAGAAAAAAUGUUUAAAAAAAAAAAAGCAAACAAAAAAGAAGCGCCUUUCAACCUGCCACCAACUGGUGGUACUCUAUUUAACACAAGCACCAGCGAUUUGUGAACAGUAACUGUCUUUGGAACAAUCAACUUCUUAGUCAACAUGAUGUGAGGUCACUAUUAUUCCAUUUGCAAGUUUUAAUUAUUAAUAAUCCUGUCAUGAACAGAUAAGAGAGCAGUGGGGAGCCUAAAGGGCAGUAGUUUUGCAGAUGCUCCUCACAUCAGUGAAUCGUCUAUAAUCUCGUAAACAGAAAUUUUGCUUUUUUUCCUAAAAGGCAUAUUGGGAUCCAUCAUUAAGAGCACCUCAGAAAACCAUGGACAAGCAUGACCUUAGAGGGAAGAUAAGGGACCCAGGGGGUUGGCCAAGUCCAUGGGUGCUAGCUCCACAUUCAAGAAAGAAAAUUGAUGAGGGUCUGGAUUUUGAGCAGUCUGGCAGCAUUUUCCACUUGGUCUGCUCUGAUGUGGCACUGUAAAUGGUAAAACCAUCAAAACCACAACCCAACCUCUCCAUGCCACAAGUACCACCCCCCUUUACUUUGGUUCUGUAACUCAAGCUCAUCCUUAUGUAUUGAGAUAACUCAGGGGUUCUAGCAGGCGCUUCUAGAACAACUUCUUGCAUGGUUCUGAGCUGUGUAAGACCAUCAUAUGCCCUCUCAGAAAACCAGGCCUAUUUUUCUGAUGGAUAAGCAAGCAGUGCGUGCCACAGCAAACAGGGGUCCUGCAGACCCAGGAGAGGCUCUACACGGGGAGUCCAGUGAAACAACCCCCCAAGCAGUCUUGGCUAGCGGGCUAAGCUUGUGAGUGAAAUGGUAGAAUUAGGAUGUAAAAGGUUUUCCUAUAGUGCUGUGGCUGAGUAGGAGCAUGAAACCCACAAAGAAAAAGUAGUCUUAACAAUUAAUAAUGUGGAUGGUCCCGAUGCUGUUGUUUCCUGUUUAUGACAAAGACUCUGCACUUUGCCCCCACGGCCCUUUGAAAUGACCCUGCGCUGGGCUGCUUUGGAGCAAACUCAAAGAAGGGCAAAGCACACGGGAUGCUCUGUGUGCCAGAGGUGAGGCAAAGGACUGAGACGCCCAGCAGUGGCUCACUGGGGAUGGAUGUGACCACUCGGCUGAUGAGUCAGUGCCACCCUCCAAUCUCAGGUGCAUCUCAGCCCUAGCAUCCUCCUCCAGGGUCUUUGCCAGACAUACACAAUAGACACACAUUGAAGAAACAUGUUUAUUUCUUUCUUAUUUUUGUUUUUCUUUAGAGGCUCUGCAUGAUGCUAUGGUCCCAAGCUGAGCAUUUCAUUAGAUUAGAUCAUGCCACGUUGACUAAACACACGAUUAGUUAUUCUCUUAGCAGCCCUCCCCCCAACCCUGUAAACCUGAGUAGGGACAACAGC